UACAAUGGGUUGCAUGUACGUAACGCAGUGGUCCUAGUGCAGUGCGCUGCAACUUGCAAGGCUCUUUUGUGUUUAUGAUAAAGCUUUUAAAUCAAAUUGUUGUCGAGUUGCCGUUUCUUUCGAAUCUGCAGAGUUGUUCAGUUGAGGAGAAUAAAAAACUACGUUUUUGUAGGUGUUUUGUGAUAAGUUGUGUGAGAACUUUAGUAGGAUACCCGGUACUGUCUUCUUUUGCCGUCUACAAAAGAAGACGCAACUUUGAAUAUACGGGACUGGACUGUAACGUGCUGUGUGCCCUUUAUCGCAGCCCAACACAGGGCCUGCGGCUGCGCCGGCCUGCUCGGGGCCGAGGGAGCUCGAAUGAGCUUGAGCCUAACCCCUGUCACCUGUGUACAGUAGCUGUCACUGUCUGUUCCAGCAGCCUUAAGGGAAAAGAGUGACGCGCCGUGCGUGCGUGACUUACUUAGGCCUACUUUACUUCCAAGAUACUGCCCAACUCCCCUAAAAGGGGUCAACUUCACUGCAUCUGUCAGAUUUGGGUUCUUCAAGAAGUUAAAAUAAGAGGCUGGAUCAGACAUGUACAAUCCUAGUCAGCAACAACAUGGACAAAUUGUUCCUGUGUCCGUUCACAAAAACCAGCAGGAAAAUCAGGAUGAAGGGCAGCAGAGGAGUCAUUAUCCCCAGAUAAGUUCCCAACAGAGUCAGUCCUAUCUUUCUGUUCCAUCCAUUGGUACACCUUCUUUUGGUUCAGUUGGUAGUGUGACAUCACUUGCACCAGGUAGCAGCUUUAUUCCUCCUUCCCCGAUGGCUCCCUUAACACCUGCUACACCAGCGAGCAGUGAAUCUUCGGGUAUUGUUCCACAACUACAGAAUAUUGUGUCAACUGUAAAUCUGAGUUGCAAGUUGGAACUCAAGAAAAUUGCACUACAUGCAAGAAAUGCUGAAUACAACCCAAAGAGAUUUGCUGCAGUGAUCAUGAGAAUACGUGAGCCAAGAACCACAGCUCUCAUCUUUAGUUCAGGAAAGAUGGUUUGUACAGGUGCUAAGAGUGAGGAUGACUCUAGAUUGGCUGCCAGGAAAUAUGCAAGAGUUGUACAGAAGUUGGGAUUCGCUGCAAAGUUCUUGGAUUUCAAAAUCCAGAACAUGGUUGGUAGUUGUGAUGUUAAGUUUCCAAUUCGUCUGGAAGGAUUGGUACUAACACAUGGACAGUUCUCUAGCUAUGAACCAGAGCUAUUUCCAGGUCUGAUUUACAGAAUGGUGAAACCACGCAUUGUACUCCUCAUCUUUGUUUCUGGAAAAGUGGUUUUAACAGGUGCUAAAGUGAGGCAGGAGAUCUAUGAUGCCUUCAAUAACAUCUACCCUAUUCUGAAAUCCUUCAAAAAGACUACUUAGCACAUGAUUUGGUCGUAUAACGUAUGAAAGAGACUCUAAUGAAAUGGUGAUCCUUGUAUAUUUUACCACCUGUGUUGAUUUGCGAUAACAGUAUGUUAUACAAUAUGUUUGAGGUGCAUUAUGAGACAUUUCCAGAGAUCAAUGAGGAUUACAUAACAUGUAAAGAGAGGAACUGUGCUUGCUUCUGGAUCAUUGAUUCAAUAUCCGUUUUUUUCUACUAUCAAGUUCAGCUGCCACCUUAUUACGGAUGGUGCAUGAUUCAUAACUGGAGUUCAAAAGGAAUAUGCGUCUCCUUUUUGUCUCGCCUGCAUAGUAGAGAGAGACUAUAGGCGCCGCUUUUGCGGCGUCAACAUCAAAUCUUAGUCUAAGGUUAAUAUCGAAAUCUUAGCCUAAGGUGAAGUUUUUGAAAUGUCAUAACUUAGAAAGUAUAUUGACCCAGUUCAUGAAACUUACACAUAAAGGUAAUGAAGUAUAACUAUGCAUCCUGCCUGAGCUUCAGGUCAUAUGACCAAAGGUCAAAGGUCAUUUAGGGUAAAUUAAAUUUGGCCAUUUUGGGGGUAUUUGUUGAAUUAUUAUUGUAACGUUGAAAUUUUAUGGAUCUAGUUCAUAAAACUUGGACAUAAAAGUAAUCAAGUAUCGCUGAACUUCCUGUGCGAGUUUCAGGUCACAUGACAAAGGUUAUUUAGGGUUAAUGAACUUUGGUCGUAUUAGGGGUAUUUUUUGAUUUGCCAUCUUAACUUUAAAAGUUUAUGGAUCUAGUUCAUAAAACUUGGACAUAUGAGUAAUCAAGUAUCGCUGAACUACCUGUGCGAGUUUCAGGUAACAUGACAAAGGUUAUUUAGGGUCAAUCAACUUUGGUCGUAUUAGGGGUAUUUUUUGAUUUGCCAUCUUAACUUUAAAAGUUUAUGGAUCUAGUUCAUAAAACUUGGACAUAUGAGUAAUCAAGUAUCACUGAACAUCCUGUUGUGAGUUUUAGGUCACAUGAACAAGGUCAAAGGUCAUUUAAGGUCGAUGAACUUUGGCCAUCUUGUAGGUAAUUGUUGAAUUGCCAUCAUUAAUGAAAGUUUAUGGAUAUAUUUAAUAAAUUGUAGACAAAGGGACAAUCCAGUAUCAUUGCUCAUCUUGCACAAGUCGUAGGUCACUUGAUGUCAUUUAGGGUCAGUGAACGUAGUAGCAUAUAUGAAUGUUUUUUUUUUUUAUUAUUUCAUAGUCAUUUUCAAAGUCAGCACUGCUGCUAUAUUGAAUCUCAUGAUGCAGACGAGACUGCCAGAGGCGCUCCACUUGUUUUUUUAUUGCAGUACACUAGCAAAAUUUGAGGGAACAUUUCCAGAGUAAAAUUUGUGACUGUAUAUUAUCAAUGCUACAUUGCCAUUCACAAUGCAGUGAAACUUGUAUAUGUUAUUGUUUAUUUUAAAGCAAGUUUGUAAAAAAAUUUCUUCUGAUAUUUGUUUUGGAAGAGGGCAUUAGAGAAAAUUGUGUGGGUUUUGGGGUUGUUGAACAGAUAUUUCUGUCCCAUCGAUGUGACACUAAGGCAGAUGGGCAACAAUGAAUAUUCAAGGUUAGAAUAUUAAUUUUCACUUGCAAUGUAGAUUGUAGUCUGAAAAUCUAAAAUAAUUAUGCUAUAUCCACAAAUCCAACCCAGAUUUUUGCAAUCCAUUAAUUACGGCCAAUACACGAGCAACUGAAGCCAAGUCCAAGUCUUGGCUUAGUCUAACGUAUUAGACUAUAUUACUAUAUUAGACCAAAAUCAUCUGAUUCAGUUUUGAGCCAUGUAUAAUCCGACUGGUCUUGACUUGAGAACUAUUAAGGGGCGAAGAUCUAUGUCACAUCUAAUAUUUUCAUUCCAUAGUUUUACAAAACUUUGUGUUAGCAUAUGCAUGCAGCCAACUGACCCUACCUCAGCACUGACCGGGCCAGGGCGCCGGCACGGUUAUGCCAGCCAUGGCACUUGUAUACUCAAGAGGUGGUGCUGGAUUGUUUGGGCGCAUUGAUUUGUUGCAGCGAAAUUGAAAUGAAGAAUGUAUCAAGCUCACGUAUCAUUUUUAUCAUAUUGAUACCGGUAUGCAAAGUCAUAAAACCGUUGUCACCACCACGUAAUAUUUCAGUUAAAAUACAGGUACAAUUAUUUCAGAUUUUUAAGCAUGAUAUUUGAUGUAAAAACCUAUCAAGCAAAAAUAAUGAAAAAGACGAAGUGAAAAUGAAUUAAAUCUACAAUCUACUAAAAAAGUGCUUUGAAAGGAUAUUCGUGGUCACAAAAUGAGCUUGGCUAAAUCCGGGUGAACUUAGCGGACUGAUUUAUUUAUGACAGAAUUUAAUCUUGUUUUACUGAAGAUUUACAAAAAAUUGAGACAAUAAUUUAGAAAUAGUUUUGUUUCUCAAUUGUGGUACAUUAUUAUUCUAUUGUUUAUAUAUUUUUGUUUCUAUUAUUUGAACCUGGUAUUGUCAUAAUCUAUUAGUUUACCUUUAUUUUGCUAUUACUCUGAGUGUGUUAUAUCAGUUCAUUGUUUCGUUAGCAUGACUACCAAAUUGUUCUUGCACUUCAAUUGUAUGCACAUAUCGAGUUAACCUUCCUAAUAGCAACCCUGCAUUUACAUCUCAAAGUAUUUCACCCGGAAUCAAAUAUUUUUUUAAUUUCAGUUUGAGCUGAGCCUUUUGAACAAAAACAUGCAAGUGGUUAAAGUUUAAAUUAAAUGCCUGUAAUAAUUUUCUAUUUUCUAACCAUACAAUUAUGGUGUUCUUUAUUUAAACAGGGAAGAUGAGUGAAAAUAUAGAAAAUGUGAAUAAUGCAACCUAAUUUCAGAUAUGAUUUUUUAGUCCUCUGCUCACAAAUGAGGCCCAGUGUACAGGAAUUUUAAAAUUUGCAUAGAUGAAGAAAGUAUGCUAUUUAUGACAAUGUUACAUCAUGUAUUUUGCUUUUCUUCUUCUUGAAAUCUUUUUUACCUUGUAAUUUUUUUGGGGAAACUAUUGAUUUCAUUUUUGUUGUAAUGCGAAGCAAAUUUAUUUUCCUUAAAAUCAUGUCUACCCCAAUAGGAAAUUGAAGCUAUAGAAUUUAAAAUUUCACUCAGUUUCACAAAACAUGACCCCCUAAUGUGAACAGGUAACUCUGCCUAAGUCAAAUAUUUUGAGACCACAGAAAUAUGUUUGACUUUGAAGAAAUAUACCUCAGAAGAGGUAUAUUAUAACAAAUGUUUUGAAUGAUCUGUUCUAAAGUAUUUGAUUCAACUUUGCAAUUAUUAGAUAUAAAGAAGGUCAUCUUAGAGAGUUACCUGCAUUUUAAUUCAUUAGUUAUCAAACAUUACAAUUUUUGUAUUUUUUUUUUACAGCGGUGUGGGGGCAUUGUAGUAUUCAAAGUAUGAAAUUUAUGUUCCAUGUGAGCCCAUGUUAUUUUCAAAUUUGAUUUCUACAAAAGAAUUUUGGAACUUUUUGAUACACUGUAUCCUUGAAGAGUAAUCCCUUUCAGCAUCCCGGGAGUAUAAACUAUAAUGGAAUUGUAAGUGUUUAAAGGGCCUUCAUUAUGAAGAAAAGAUUACCAGUACACUUCAGAAGUCAUAAUCCAUCAAAUGGUCAAUUAUUCACAUAGAGUUAGUGGAUGAAACUUAGUGACUUGACUUUUAUUACAUUGGAAUAUUGGAAUGGCAGUACCAAUAUGAAAUUGCAUUGUUUUUCCAAAGCCUUUUCUGUACAUUUUGAAUAGCCUUAUGUUGGGAGUGUAUGUAUUGGAAAGGAAGGGUCUUUCUCAACCUCGGCAUAGUUACUGCUAUGGAACCCUCUCUAUGUGAUAUUUUGUAUUGUGUUGAUGUAAAUUGUAUAAAUGUAAAUAAAAACAUGAAAGUAUUGAUAAAUAGUA